GAGUUGGGCUAGUGAUUUAGGGUCCUGAUGUGCUGGAAGCACUAGACGCCAUAUUGUGGCUGAACGUAACGGGCAAGAAGGGGUGUAGACCUGGAUGAGGGGUUCCAGGUAAACAGGAGCAGUGGUUACAGCACUCUAAGCAGUGAUAAAAGUUUUGAAUUUAAUGCAAGCUGCGAAUGGAGGCCAGUGAAGGGAGGAGUGACAUGAGCUGUUUUUGGCUGGUUGAAGACCAGACGUGCUGCUGCAUUCUGGGUAAUUUGCAGGAAUUUAACUGUGCAUAGAGGAAGGCCUGCCAGUAAGGAGUUGCAGUGGUCUGUAGUUGCAAGCUAACAGUGUUAAAGUGCCAUGACACUGCAAUGACUUGCUCAAAGGUCCUCCUGAGGACACUGUGGUCUUACGUCUCAGUUCUUCUGAGUGUCCUUCAUUUCAGCUCUUCAGAAAUGUAUUUGUAUUCCUCCAUUAUUGACAGUAACACAAAAAAGUGUGACACAUUAUACGCAUCUACUUCUCAUUUUCCUUGGAGCUUGGAACCACAUUGAACCACAUAGUUCUACUGUGAAAAUACCAGGAUAGAAAAGAUUAGAGGAGUCGGACAUUUCAGAGCCCCAGAUACCAGAUGUCAGUACCUGCUGCCUGAACACUUCCAGAGCCAUGUAACCAAAGUUAUAAACAGAGUAACAGGAAACCUCAUUGAUCUAAGCUUUUCAGUGAUGAUGUUGAAUUUGUUUUUCAGUUAAAUUAGUUUCUAAUUAUGGUCUUCAUUAUGUAUCAAUAACACUGUUUCUCUUUUUUUAUUCUAGGCAGAAAGCAGCAUGACUGAUGUAACAAUGUCAGUAAUCAAGUAUUGUGAAAAGUUCAACAAUCUGAAGACAGUGAACAAGUUUGUGCAGGUGACAGAAACCUCCCACUGUGCAUCUGAAAAAAUGGGUGUCAUACAAAAAAAGUCAAGGCAGUCUGGAAAGAUUUCCCCUGGGUUUCUGACACCGAGGAGGAAUUCAGCCGGACAAGAUUCAGCACAUCACCCCAGAGAAAGAGAGAGAUAUGUGAGAGGAGGGGCAGACGGAAGAGAAGGGGAGGUAUGAGAAGUGUAGGCUAGGUAUGAAAGAGGAGGAGGAGGAGGAGGAGGAGACAGGGCAUUUCUUGCAUGUAGAGACUGGCAACAGCUGAAGUGCUCUGAUGGCUCAGAAACACUCAAACUCACUGAUACUGAAGAAUUAUAAUGAUCAUCUGAUGCUAUUUAUGUUUUCAUUUUGCCCUGACUUAUGAUGUAUCUUUUAAUCUUCGUGUAGUUAUCAUUGACAGACUAGUGAUUUUUAAAGGUGGAUAUCAUUGAUUAUUUAAUGUCAUGGAUUUAGAACUAUAAAAUACUUUAAUCCUGUCUAAUGCUAGCCCCGUGGACUGUUGUUCAGUGGGAGUCUGUGGUUAAAUGUUGAGAAGAACCACUGAUGAUGAUAUGGGAAAAAAAUGCUAGUAGCUUAUCAUGCUAAAUUUAAAACUUAAAUCUGAUUUUCAGUGAUGUGGGCAGCUUAUAGUUAAACUGUGUCAGAGAUCUAACCCCUGCAGCUUGUAUUUCUGUCACUUUUAGAGACAGUCAGUGUCUCCAAACUGUAGAAUUUUAUACACACUGAGUGACACUAUGAAAAAUGGCCUUUUGGCUAGCUUUGGUAUCAGUGUAUGAACUGUUAGAUUGUUGUUUUUUGAGUUUGGUCCUCUGAGUAACACUCGGCUCUUUCAACCAAAUCUCAGUGUCUUCUUUGCAUUGUAGCCUAGUAUUAGCAUGUUAGCUUACCUUGUAGAGGACAGUCCUAUUUUGCAUUUAUUUUCUGUGUGUUAAAUGGUUAGAGGAUGAACAGUGUUCCCUAUUAAAAGCAGUCUGCCAGGAUGUUUGUCGGCUGUUUGUGUGUCUGCCUGGCUUGCUGGCGUAGCUGUCCGGACAUAACCGCUGCUGCUGAUGGGAGGAGGACGGAGGAGGGUUGGUUUGGGAAAGGAUGGCGCGGAGGGGCGGGGUGCUGCUUCUUACCGGGCGGUGUCAAUUGAAGAAAACGGGACAGAGGAGCAGUGAGAGGCCGAUACAGGGAUUCACUUCCCCGGAUGAUUUUACUUGAGAGCACCAGCCGCCUUCAGGUAAGAGGGAGUGUGUAUGGGGCGUUUUCUCCUGACUCCGGAGAGGAAGAGUGGGUUUGGAGUGGAUGAAGAGCCCAGGACAGGCUUUAGGACUCACUGCGGCACAUCUGCUGCUCUUACACUCACUAAAUAAGAGCUACAUUUACAGCAGUCUGUUUGGGGCAAGUUCGGAGAUUUAGGUCAAAAAUAUAUAAACUAUAUCUUAAAAUGUGCAGUACUCAUGCAUUAUGUAUCAUAAAGCAAUCGCCCGGAGCUGGAUUAAAUAUUGCGAGUACAGUUUUUAGUGCAUGUUUGUACCAUUUCAUAUUUAUUAUGCAGUUUCUUCAAAUGGAUAAUUUCCCCCGAGUAUCCCUUAUUUUCUUCCUCGGGUAUUGAAAGGUGUAUUAUUGUUUCCAGAAGCGUCCUGCUGAAGGUUUUGUCCUCAGUAGGUGUUGACUGUGGUGCAGACAGUGCUGUAGCCAUGUGUUCAGAUGGACGGUGACAGAAAGUGCCCCGUCACUUUAAGGAGAUGUGGGUGCGUUUGUGUGUCCACUAAGUCUAUUGUAGGUUAUGUGCCCACUCCUUCAGGCUUUAUGGGUGGAACUGCAUGACUGAAUCCUCACAAACUGAGUCUAGAGGACAAAAGGCAUCCAGACAAUGUCAGUGUCAUUGAGUCGAUAUUAGAUCAUCCAGCAGUGACUGCAUUUGAUUCAUCGAUUAGUUGAUUGUUUUAAUUGGAAGGCAGAUCAGCAUGAGACAGAUUUAGAACUGAUAAUAGAGUUUCCUGCUAUUUUCCAAAAUUAAAGAUUUGAUUAAUACAACGUAGUUUAUCAUAAUUUUAUUUGCCCUUUAGUUCAGACCGUUAAAUUUCUGUGCAACUUAAUAGUUAUUGUGAUGGCCCAAGAGAUUUUCAGUCUUCCUGGACUGUAAGAAAUAUGGACUGAAAAACAAAGUCGGCAGGAAGCACUCCAAAUAAAAGUCUGUUUUCCUUUAGUGACACCUGGUGGCACUAAAUGUUCCUUUUUCGCUGCAAGAACACAGUUACGACUGGAACACACCCUCAUGUUGUAGGAGAUCAUGGACAAAAUCUUGAGUUUGGUGCUUUUCUUGAAUACAGGGAAUCCUUGUAAAAUGCUGCACAUUAUCAUCUCCUGUAUGGUAAAUCAGCAUUCAGUUGCUCUGCAGUCUUCAGAUGUACAAAGUCUGUAAUCAGGAGAAGGGACAUGCUUUUCAUGUGUAUGUGUAUGUAAAUGUCUCUUCUGCAAUAUAAAUAUCCAUUUAUUAAAUAGGCAACAUAUAUUUGGUAAUAAUGGAAUAAAGGGUAGGUGAGAGUGGUUAGCAUUGCACCGCUGACUGCUCAAUCUGUUUUUCAUUGUGCUUAGGUACACUUUUUAUAUGUUUAGUUAUCCCAUGAUCUCUGCCUGUAUCUUUUUUUUGCUGGUCAACCAUGCAACCACUAUGUUUGCAUAUUGUAACCAAAGCUUGUCCUGUUUGUUUAUAUGCCAAUGUUGUAAUAUGAUCGUGGUACACUUGAGAGAUUUUGGGAUUCAGACACUCAGAGUUUUAUAGCGGUUUAAUAAUCAGAAAGCAUCUCAAACCUCCUUAAGUUAGAUCUGAUUUGAAGAGAAGUUGAAUCUUCCUUUUAAAUCAGGUCUUUCCAUAGAUGGCUGAUACUAGAGGAGGAUUUUGAUUCUCUGUUCAACAGCUGAGAGAAGAUUUGUAAAAGCAUUAAACUGAGUAGUUUUUAUUUGUCUGAAUGGCUUCAGCUUCCUCAGCUGGGAUUGGUUAUCCGUUGGUAAAGGGCUGACGAAUUAUAAAAUCAUAAACUGCAUCAUUCAGUAUCUCUAAUCAACAUAACAUGGGCAUUACAUUAUUUCUUUGAUUAUUUUUUAUUUUGUUGAAAUUCUGUGAAUACUUUCCCCCUAAAAAGAAGUUACAUGCUGUUUCAUCUAAUCCAUGACAUGGAAGCAACAUGGAGGAGAACUCAAAUACCGACCUAGCAGCUCAAAUAUUGAUGACAAACACUGUUCCUCUUGACUGGACAUAUUUUGACUUUAGUGAUGCCAACACAGAACAAAAAGAAGUGAAAGUUAAACACUGUCAAAAGAAGUUUCAAGGACCAAAAGUAGUAACACCGAUCUGUUUCAUCUCUUUCAGUCCAAUCAUGUUACUCAGUAUGUAGCAUAAAAAGAGAGAUAGAUUGCCCAGCAAUGAGUGCCCCCACAAAGUAGCUGUCAACAACAGGUACAUUUAUAAAUGUUACACUAAGUAAUAAAUGAUUUAGUUUAAUUAUGUAAAAUUCACAGACUAAGAAAUGCAAUAUUUUAUUACAAAAAACGGUAAUUGUUAAAUAUAUUUAUGCUACAAACCCUCCUAAUGAGCCAUGAGGGCAAAAGAAACAAAUAUAAAAAAAACAAAUAACUGUUUAUCAUGAAAAUGUUGACCUAAUCGUGACAUAGAUCUGUGGCCAUAUCACCCUGCACUAGGUUGGUGUAAAACAUCAAGUGGGCAUAAAACAUUAAGGGUCACAGAAGGCUCCCUCUGUGACUGAGUAUAGGCUGAUCUCUGGUAGUGUGUAUCUAGGCCAGUGUUUUCUAUACCAUUAUCUGCUGUGAUACAUUAAGCUGUCUGGCUUGAUUUUUGGCUUUUGCCUCUAAAAGCAUCAUCCUCGCCUCACAUCUAAGAGGAUUUGUCUGUUAUUAAAAAGAUGCUCAGACAGAUAAAUACCACUGCUUUGUUUUAUCUCUGUAUUUAGCUGGACCAAACAUCCUUUUUGGCCAAAUAAUAAACUAUUUUUAGAUACAGCCUGUCUUAAUUGAACUCUAGAUGACUUGAAAAAUGAGCCGAGCUGGUUACAGACAGAGGAGAUGGAUGGAGUGAUUACUUCAGCAGAAAAGUAAUGGAUUGUUAACAGUGAUGUCUUCAGACGCCAGCAGGUCCAGUCCCAAAAUAAUAAAAGUCAGAUCAUGCAUUUAAAGUCUUAUCUUGGUCUUUGCUGUAUUUAUGGCUAUAGAUCGUGUUAAAAUACUUUUCUCAGUCUUAUUGUUAUAGUGUUCACAGUAUCAGUAAAUACAUAGACUUGACAAAAGCUUUAAAACCUUGUAAACCGCUUUUACAUUGUUACAGUGUCAUUUAGCAGACACUUUUAUCCAAAGUGACAUAUAUUUGAGAACAAAAACAAUGCAAGCAAAGAUCUAGACAAAAGGAAAAAAGAUCAGUAAACGCAACAAGUAUUCAAGUCUAUUUGGACGCAAGUAAUGCCAAGCAGUGUAUAAGGUAAUAUUUAUGGGACUACUUAAAAGCAGGCACUUACGUAAAUCUAUAAAUAUCUAUGUGAUGGUUUCUAGGUUAAUAUAUGACUAAAUGGCCCUUUGUGUGAUAGAUCAAGCUACUGUUUUCAGGGCUGAGUCAUCUGAACUAGUUUAAAAGCUGUGGUACAUCUCCAGACUGACCCAAACAUCAACAAUCAAUACAAUAUGCUUUACCAAUGAAUCUUGUGGAUCAGGUGUAGAGAGCUGAAAGCAGUCCCGUCUAACAGAUAGAAAUCUGGUGAACCUUAAGUGCUCAGAUUAUGAGUAUGAAUCAAUAUAUCAAUAGCUUCUCUGUUGUAAUGUUCAAGGAAAAGGCCCAGAUGAUCUAUUGUGAGGCUUGACUUUGAAAAGAAGAGAUAAUGUAUUAUAAGAAUAAUAAGAAGAAGAACUUUAUUUAUCUCUGAAGGGAAAUUCAAUUGUCUGUUGUCUCACAUAAUCUGUCUGUAAAAGUUAUCUACUAUUUACACAAGAGUUAUAAAGUCUGAUGGUCUGAUAAUCCCUGAAAAAGUAAAACACUCUCUUUCCUAGUUCAACACAGGGACUUUGAUGCUCCUGGUCUGAAUAGCAACUCAUGGUGGCUGAUUUGAGCUCAAACUACAAGCUGUUUUGCAUUAAUAUUUCUCAAAUAAUGACCUGCUAAAUCCAACCCUGGUAUUCUGUGGACAAAAGAAUCAAGGCACUUCUGGUCUUUGUAUUAUUCAUAUCCAGGUGCUCUUUGGAUACCUCAGGCUUGUUGUAGAGGGAUGGCUGCAUGAGUAAAAGGUAAACAGUCAAGAAAUACAGCUAGAGCUCUCAAGUACACGAGUACAUACACAAGUCGUUUGAAUGUACAGUCCAAAUAUAUGACAAAAAAAACAUGGAUCAGCAAACAAGUUGCAUCCCACUCAGAUCUUCAUUAUAAGAGAAGAAGAACUUUAUUUGAUCCCUGAAGGGAAAUUCAAUUUCAGAGCCACUUGUGAUGCCUGUUCUAAAAUGAGAUACAUGAAUCAAGUCUUUCUGGUUUAACUUCACACAAAUGACGUAAUAACAUGUGAUAUGUGUGUCUAAAUGAGCAUUUCCCCUGUGUUUUUGUUGUUUUGUGUAGUUUUCAGAAUGUCGUCAAGCAUCAGCGCUGAAGAGAUGGAGGAGAUCAGGGAGGGGUUCCAGAAAGUGGGUGAGUAAAAAUUGGCAGAGACUGCUGACACCCUGCAGACAAUGAUGAAUGAACAUCAUGUGUGAAGUGUGGCGAGGCAGCUGACCAACACAUGGUCCUAUAGAUAGAAACUGCUUCAGUGUGUAUGUGUGCAUGCUCCAGCUGAAAACCAGAUGCUUCUCUUGACGUUUAUUAACAGAAACCUUUCAACCUUUGAUAUUUCCAUCACGGCUUCAAUCAGUGUUGUAAUUUACACUUUAUGGCGGCUCUCUCACUGAGUGUAAGAUGAGCAGAUGGAUGACUGAUGUUUGAAAUAAGGAUAAGAAUACCUUUAUUAUCUGUGGUAUGAUCUGAAUGAUCAUUUCGAUCUAAUCGUACAAUCGUAUGAUCUGUCGUAGAUGGUAGUUUAGGCAAGACACAAAAGUCAAGCUCAGUCUAGGGUACAUCAGCAGAUCCUGACUCCAACCCUUACAGCUGGAAGCUCAGCUGAUAACCUUCCUCUCAUCUGAUUGGUAAAUGUCAGAAAGUUUGGCUUUUCUUGCUGCUUCUUCCACAACCACUUCGUAACCACUUUGUAACCUAGCUGCUUCCCUGAUGCUGUGUCUGUUGGAUUGUCACUGGUGUCAGCUCUUUUCUGUUUUGGGUCUUCGCUGCUCUCUCUCUCUGCCUCGUUCAUGCACAUAAAAGCGAGGGGAGGUGUGCUCUCCCUGCUGCAGGCUUUGGUACUCUACGUAAACAUGUGGAAGGACAGGGAGCUCUCUUGACCUCAGGAACAAGCCCAAGCUGACUGUGUAUCUGUUUACAUGAUCUUAUAGUUUAUAAACUGACUUUGAAGUGUCAAAUCUGUGACGAGAAUGAAUAACUUUCUCUAAGGAUAGUUACCCCCAUAGACUGUAUUUACUAUGGACAACUUGGCCACCUAUUGUGCAGCAGCAUUGCACGCAUUCGGCGGGAGAGUUGCUUUGAUGAUGCUCAGUUCAAACAGCGUAUCCCCCCGGGUGAGCUCUGCAAUCUUCGUAUGUCUUUAGGCUGAAUCAAGUGUCAAUCAUAGAAAACAUGAAACUCCUAAUAACUUUUAAAAAUUGAGCUGUACAGAAAAAAGAGGACUUGAGCACAAACCAGCCUUACAAUAACUACGUCAACUUCGCAACCAGGGGGGAGAAAAAAUUAUAUUCGGUGUAAUUAACUUCUUAAGUGUGUCCACAGCUCCAUAGGGAUUGCCAGCGGGAUUUAUGACCUAUACUGUAGCCCAUCACCAGAGGGUGCUAUUCUCACGAUGGCUUCACCCAGCAAGGAGGCAGACGGCGUCCAUUCUAUACAUAGUCUAUGGUUAUCCUCAUAAUCUCAACAUCCAUGAGCGCAUAAGUUUGACAAGAACAGAGGCCUAAAUUCACCAAGUGCCACCACACCCAGUGUUAAUGAGAGCAAGGAUAAGAGUCUUAAGAUCACUAUGACUGAAUCUGGAGGUGUGUUACAACUAGAAUUUUAAAGAUUAAUCAUAACUUACGUUGCCACUCUCCUGCCUCUCCUCCCCCCUUCCUCUUGCAUUUACAACUCUUCUCUAGAUGUGGAUGAAAGUGGAUACAUCUCUGCCUGUGAAAUUGGAAAUCUGUUGUCCGAGGUCGGACAUCCUAUGCCUGGAUACCAGAUCAGGGAACUCCUAAACAGGCUGGACAAAGACAAAGACAGCAAGCUCGACCUUGAAGAGUUUUCAGCUGUAAGUAACGCUAACUUACAUCCCAGAUUCACAACUGAAAUGACAGCAUGUGCACAGGUAGUACUACGGACUAAAGAUUUACUAUAUGAGGUCAAAACUCGCUGACUGACCCAAAGUCAGAGACCGUUUAGCUGGUUGACUUGUGGGCUGUUAGGAUAGGAAAAAAAGAUUAAAUAUUAUCUAUUGAUUUUUUUUUUAGUUUGAAACUCACACAUGUGAUAAAAGGACAAGCUGAUUGAUUUGAAAACCUUUAACUGAACUAAGUUUCUGAGUCAUGUGUCCUUGUUUGGGCUGCAAGAUUUACAAGGAAUUGAAGGAUGACCAGCUGGCCCAAGGUUUCAAGAAAGCUCUCAACAAGAAAGAAGGCAUUUUAGCUCUCGGGGGCACCAGUGAGAUCUCCAGUGAAGGAACUCAACAUUCAAUCUCAGGUCUGUGAAGCUCCUCUGACACAAAUACCUAAAACAUGACACACAGACAAUGUCAGACAUUGACAGAAAGGCUGUGAUACUCUCCUAAACUGUAUUUCAGAACAGGAGCGCUUUGCCUUUGCAAACUACAUCAACUCGUCUUUGGAGAAGGAUCCAGACUGUGCGGAGCUCCUGCCCAUCGACCCCAGUACUGAUGCUUUGUUUAAAGCAGUGCAGAAUGGCAUAUUGCUCUGGUAAAUGAUUGUGAGAUGAAUCUGACUGAACUCGUUUAGAUCAAAUGUUCUCCGACAUGCUGAUCUCUCAUGCUUUAGUUACCUCUGUGCAUCUCUCAACAGCUACAUGUUAGGACCAACCUCCAUGUUUUUUUAUCAGCUCCUCUGCUUUGAGUCUUUGUGUCACUUUAGUGUGUUCAUGUUUGGGUGGUUUGUGUUUUUGCAGUAAACUUAUCAAUCUCUCUGUACCUGACACUAUCGACGAGAGAACCAUCAACAAAAAGAAACUCACACCUUUCACUACUCAGGUGAGUAGGCAAUCCUUACAUUCAUAGAUAGCUGUUAGUAAGCUGCUGUAAAUAGUUCACCAUGUCCUAAUGGAGGGAUUACAUGAGUGGGUCUAAUAGAGCACAGCAGAGAAGCUGAGGUACUCUAAGAAGUAAAGAUUGGGAUUGAGAUUGUCAAUUUAAAAAUCAUGGAAAUCUUGACUCAACCUUCAUUAGGGAUUUCUUCUGAAAUUCAGUAGCUGAUGUGUGUUUUUAUCUCAACAACCUCAACAGGAGAACCUGAACUUGGCUCUGAAUUCAGCCUCAGCCAUCGGUUGCCAAGUCGUCAAUAUUGGAGCUCAAGACCUGAAGGAAGGAAAACCUCACUUGGUGCUCGGUCUCCUGUGGCAGAUUAUCAAGAUUGGACUGUUUGCUGAGAUUGAGCUGAGCCGUAAUGAAGGUAUUAACAAAGAGACCUAGAGGUCAGAGGUCAGUCUUAUCUACUGAUACAUAACUAAAUAAAAAAUCUGCACAUGGUGACAGAGCAGUCAGAUUUAACCACAGCAGCACAGAGGAGAGGUGGAGUAGUUAGCUGUAUUCCUGCACCUACACUUUUAGAAAAUCUCUGUCUUUCAAACAGGUUUGCACAUAUUUAUUUAUUCACUGUUAAGCUCUCACAAAUGAGAUCUCUGCUUGUGUUUGUGUGUUCAGCGAUAGCAGCGUUAUUAGAGGAGGGGGAGUCUCUGGAAGAGCUGAUGAAACUCACCCCUGAGGAGCUGCUACUGCGCUGGGCAAACUUCCAUCUGAAGAAAGUUGGCAUGUCCAUAUCCAACUUUUCCGGAGACAUUAAGGUAAGAAAAUGUCCGUGUGAUGCCUGAACCUCUUGGUAGAUAACCACUGACAAAAAAAAAGGAUUUUAAACACCUGCACCAGUCUUUGUAUCAUUAUUCUAUAUGAUUGUGUUGUUGUGUUUGAUUGCCCUGGGUGGACACAACAUUCUCACACUGAUGGCUAUGGAGUCUAUCAGUGUUUGACUAAUCAAUAAAUCAGUCAAUCAAAAUUUUUUUAUAUAGUGCCAAGUCACAACAGUUUUCAUCCCAAGACGCUUUCCAAAGAAAAAGAGCAGGUCCAGACCACGCUCAUUGUUUGAUGAAUUAUCAAGACCCAAACCUUAAGAUGGGACAUCUAACAUGAGUGACAGUGGCAAGGAAAAUCUUCCUUUAACAGGCAGAAACCUUGGGAACCACCAGACUCAUGCCAGACAGCCACCAAGCCACUGCUGAUUUGGGUAGAAAUACAGAGAGAUAGGGAGGGACAGAGAGAGAGAGGAGUAGGAGAGAGGGCAGGGGGAGAGAAAGAGAACAAGAACGAGGGAAGGAGAGAGAGAAUGAGCAAGGGAGAGGGAGGGAGAGGGUGAGAGAGAGAGACAGGGAACAGCAGCAAUCCAAUUCACACACCUGGGCGCAGCCAGCAGGGGCGGGUGGGGUCAAGUGUCUUGCCCAAGGACUCUUUAGCAUGUGGACAGCAGGUCAAAGCCAAUCUAUGAGAGGAUGAACCUGACACUUCCUACACAUCAGUGUUGUUGUGUGUUCUUUUUUGUAGGACUCAAAGGCGUACUUCCACCUGCUGGAACAGAUCGCACCAGACGGCAGCAAAGAGGACGCUCCUCGGGUCGAGAUUGACAUGACUGGUGUCUAUGUACGUCGACUAAGAAAUAAUCAGGACUACAGUGUGCAGCUUUUUAUUUCAGUGCAGUUUAUUCUGAUAAAUCAUUUUGUCUUUUAAUCUUUAUUUUUUUCUAUUAAAAUAAAACAGUCUUUGUUAUAUCUUAACAUCACUGUAAAGAGUUUUAAACAGAUUAUACUUGAUCCUUAAGCCUCUAAAUGAUCUGCAAAAGCAAACAAGACCAUCAGCAACAGGAUAGUCUGUUUCUAAAUGAUAAGUUUUGAUGCCUGAAAUCCCUGUUGUUGGGUAGGCAUUUGAUCUGAUGAUAGAAAGCUCGCUUUCUUUUCAUUUUAAAGAGCAAAGAUUCAAAUGAGUUACACAUUUGACUUUUAAAAGAAAAAGCUACCUUGGAUUUGUAGAGAGGCAUUCAGAGCCUCUGAAUCUGGAGUCACACAAGUUUUGAAUGCAACAUAGUGUAAGUUACAGGGCUGGUUUCCUCAUCCUGGUACAAACCUGUUAUUUUCUGUCCUUUCUUGCCUCUAGGAGAAGGAUCUCACCAAGAGAGCAGAGUGCAUGCUCAAACAGGCUGACCGCCUUGGCUGCCGUCAGUUCGUAACAGCGACCGAUGUGGUGUGUGGAAACUCCAAGCUCAACAUGGCCUUUGUAGCCACUCUCUUCAACAAACACCCAGCCCUCGAGAAACCAGAGAACCAAGACUGGAACCUGGAAUGUGAGCAUGGAAGGAUAACUCCUCUGUUAGAGGCUCUUAAACUACAUCUCCACCUGUCUCCUCAUGCUUUUCUUAUCAGCCUGUUAACACACUGUCACUGUCUCUUACUCUGAAGCUGAAACCAGGGAGGAGAGGACCUUUAGGAACUGGAUGAACUCUCUUGGAGUGAGUCCAUUUGUUCACCAUAUCUACGGGUCAGUAUCUCUCAAUAAGUCGUCUUUUUAAACUCAUGCAUGAUUCUCUGUUUGAAUGCAUGAGUGUUUGUGUGUGUAUGUGUGUGUUUUUACAGUGACCUGAUGGAUGCCAUGGUUAUUCUGCAGCUUUAUGAAAGGAUUAAGGUGCCUGUGGACUGGGAUGACAGAGUGAAUCACCCUCCAUUCAAGCCCAUAGUAGGACAUUUGAAAAAGGUAAAAUAAAAUGAAAACCGGAUUUUUCAAGGGUUGUCCUCCUCUGCUUCUGACAUGUUCUUCUCUCAUAAGUGGAUAUGGAAUUAAAAGAAAACAUCAUAAAGUACCUGUAAGUUAUUUUUUAUUUUAUUUAACCUUUAUUUAACCAGGCUAGUCUCAAUGAGAUAAAAAGGAACAUUUUAGAUACUCAGUGCAGGUUAGCAGGUUUUUGAAUCACACAGCUAGUUUGGGUUCUUGACCCAGCUCCGGUGCUUGUUGGCUGAGUUAUUGCUUUGUAUAUUUAUUCUUGAAUGUUUUUUAAGUCUAACCUUUUUCCAGUGACUUUUUAUCACCUGCUUCCUCUUGAAGUGGCACGUGUAUAUUUUCUGCUGUUGUCAAAUGUCUGUAUUUGCACUGAUGCUUUUAAGCAAAGUUCUUUAAUUGAUUGACACAAUAAAUCACAGUUAGUCUAGUUAGAAAUAGGGCCCAUCCAACUUAAAUGUGGACUUAAAUCAUAAGAACAUUACUGCAGUAUAUACUGAAACAGAUGGUUUCUAUUAUUGCACAGUAUUAACAUUUUCAUAUUCAAAAACAACUUCAGAUGUGUUUCCCCAUUUGUCCAGCAGAGCUCACUCUGACUCCAAAGAGCAUUCAUUGCAGGCACAGACACACACUGCCUUUUAACAACCUGUGUGUCUACUUUCCAACACACUCACUCUGUGUUUCUGCUUGUGUUCACAACAGAUAGAAAACUGUAACUAUGCUGUGGAGUUGGGUAAGAGCAAGGCUGGUUUCUCACUGGUGGGGAUCGCUGGACAGGACCUCUACGACGGGAAUGCAACCCUAACUCUGGCGCUAGUGUGGCAACUGAUGAGGAGGUGAUUGAGGCCUGAAGAGAGAAAAAUAAGAAUAAAAAUAGACUCAGUCCAAGGAUAUGAAGUCAUUUUACAAUUGAAAACAGGAAGAAGUAUAAAGUAUAUAUGAAUAUAGAAUAUGAUGUUUUUUAAUAGUUUGUUCCUAAAUCUGUUGGAUUCACCUGCAGGUACACUUUAAAUGUCCUGGAGAACCUUGGAAAUAAAGAAGGAGAAGUUGCAGGAGAUGACCUGAUCAUUUCAUGGGUCAACAAGACUCUGAGUGAGGCCAACAAGAGUUCCUCCAUCAAAAGCUUCAGGGUGAGUUUCCCACAGCGCUGGUAGGACUCAGUAAGGUUUACAUCACAACAUAUAUGCUGUUUCACUUCAUUAUUCUGUCUGUUAUGAAGGAUAUAAUAUGAUGGUUUUUGUACAUCUCAGGAUUUGGAUGUCUGUGUUUGAUUUAAACAGUAUAAAGUAGAAAAACAAUAAACAGUUUCUCACAGUAUGAGUGAGGAUUUCUAUAAUUAGUCCACUCUAGUAUCAGGACUGUUUUAGACUCUUCCUAACAUAAAUCCCUGUUUGAGCACUUCUGUGUGUGUACACAUGUAAGGUUUGCGUGUAUUCUUCUGUUCAGGACAAAUCAAUCGGCACCAGUCUUCCAGUCCUGGAGUUGAUUGAUUCCAUUCAGCCACAGAGUGUGAACUUUGAGUUGGUCAAAACAGAGAAUCUGACGGAUGAAGACAAACUGGACAAUGCCAAGUAAUGACCAACUGUCUUUAUGUUUAUUCAUGGUAGUUGCUCUGUUAAAGUGUUUGUUGAGGGAAAUCUUUGGCUUAGACAAGUUUCGUACUCAUGAAAACUUUGUAUUUUGAAGACAAAUUAUAGGACUUAAAGUUUCAUAUCAGACUUACGGAAUAGGAUCACAGCCACUGAAAAAAAGGUCAGGUAUAAUUAUAAAAAAUAUACAUUAUUCUUAGAAAAAAUAUCAGAAUUCUGAGCUUUUUGUCAGAAUAAUAAUAAAAAAAAAAUAUAUCUGACCUUUUUUCAGUGGCCCUAAUCCUCUUCUGUACAGAUUUAAUUCAGAUUUGGUACCACUGUAAUUAAUGAGACCCUUAUCCAUACAUCUGUUGGCUUAUAUAAACACUGAUGUUGGCUCUUUAUAGAUUCUUUUAAUCUGUGUAUUUGCCCUUUUUUUUUUUACACAAUUUGAAAUAUAAAUAUAUUUGCCUCUAAAAUGUUUCUGAUAAGUAUUGGUCUCACUUACAGUCUAGGAUAUUAAACUCUUAGUACCUGUAAAAAAACUGUCCUCAAAAGUAAAGUGUUUCCUGUUCAAAUAGGUGACUAAAACUGAUGAUUGACACAGCUGUAAUACAUACGCUCAGUGAUUCUAAUUAUGACCCUGCCUUUCCUCAGGUAUGCUGUUUCUAUGGCGAGGAAGAUCGGGGCAAAGGUCUACGCUCUGCCAGAGGACCUGGUAGAGAUCAACCAAAAGAUGGUGAUGACUAUUUUCGCCUGUCUGAUGGGGAGAGGCAUGAACAGAGUUUAAAGGAGAGGCAGGAACAAAUACCCAGACACACACAGACACACACUCUGCCCUGUUUUACAUCUGUUAGAUAGAGGGCGCUGGGAGAGAGUGAACGUGGCUGUAUCACCCUGCAGUUUUUCUGCUUUGGGACACACAGAAGUGUCGCUUCAUUGUGUCUACAAUGGGUUCAACUUAAAGAAAACAGAAAUGAACAAUUGUUCAAAACAACACAAACAAUAAUGCAGAGAAAGUCUAAUUCAAGAUGAUCAGGCUGUGUACUCUGAGGUGAGACUUCCAGGAAGUCUACACCGAACAUUGGUUUUGGUUUAAUGUUGGUUUUAUUCUGGACUUCAGUUUUUACAUCAAGAAACGAAAGGGUGAAAUAAUAAACAGUGUAAUAAUAAAAACGACUGUAAGUGAUAGUCCAAACUCUUUCCUGAGGGAAAAGCCUGUUGCAGGGAAAUAAAAUGUUUCCUACUGUAAAUUCAAAGGCUUUGAUUCUCGGUUAACAUGAGCAUGAAACCUUUAAAUUCAGGAUCAAAAAUGAAGAUUUUUGUAGCUUCUCCUUUAAUCUAAAACAGUAAAUAAAUCUCUGUUCAGUUACUGCUGUCUUACCUCAACAGUCUUCUUCUCUCCUGUGUGGCGUUUCUGACAUUUUAUCAGCUGCAUCGCCUCAGACCCUCUCAUGUGUCUCUCUAAAAUGCUGUAUUGUUCAAUGUGCCAGCUGUUCACUGUAAUAGAGUAGAUUUUUCUGCAGAUGUUUUCUUUGCUGAAAACCUUCAGGCCUUUUUCAUACAAGACCAAAGCUGUGCUCUAUCAAAGGUUUCGUACUUGAACCUUUUAACCAGAUGUCCUUAGUUUUCCAUGUUUUUACUCACCUCAUUGAAAGGCAGAAAGGCAUUUUUUUACAUUUAAAGGGGGCUCUCACCAGGGAGAUUUAAAGAAACUAUAUGAGGGAUUUGUUUUUGUAGUUUUUAUGGGUUAUGUUUAAGGGCUUUUAAAAAACUGACCACACUACUUCAAAGCCAUUCACUGUUUUGGCCCUUAAUAAUACUGUUUAAUUUCAAUUUUUUUUACACUAUAGAUGAAUGGUAAACAAGAAUUUGUACCCCUUAAUCUCCAGGCUGAUAUCCAUAACAAUAAUUUGAUUAAUUUACAUUUAUUCAAUAAACAAUCCUACAUUUGAGGUUUCAUGUAAAAUGUCUUUUGAUUUCGAACAAGAACACAAUGUAAUAUUCUUUUUUUUAACCUGAAGAACAUAUCCUGAGACUUAUGCUAAGUAUCCGAACACUAAUCUGUGAUAGUAAAUACCUGAAGAACAGUCUCUCAGAGUGUCGUGAUUUAACACUGACUGUCAUAGACUUCUAAUGUAGAUCUGACCGAGUCCUUAAACCUGUUGAACUCUUACUCAAGUUUGUCUUAAUGCUGCAUUUUUUAAAGCUUUUACUACCCAAACAUUUCCCAGUUGAGCACUUUGAAUGCCACUGUGGGCCAAAUGUGGUUUCACUUAAAGCCAUACUUCCCAAACUUCCUGUGUAAAGUCACAUCAAUGAUGUUGAAUAAAAAGAUCCAUUCCCUCAGUUUAACA